UGUUAUCGAGUGUAGAAUUAUUGUUCGAUCCAUACUGCAUUACGUUCGCUUUAAAAUGCUGAGAAAUGCAGCCGUUCUAUCCAGUCAAGUACUAAAUCUAACGAAGGUUAUCGAAACCAAAGUAUUUUGGCCGGUUAUCAGCAGAAGUAUACACACUUCGUUUAUUGUAAAAGGGCGGAAAAAUCCUGGACAGCAUAAACGUAUUAAAGCUCAUUCUCUUACCCACGAAGAUAAAUGGACAACCGAUCUCGAAACAUGGACAGAAAACAACAAAAUGCUUUAUUCCCCGAUGGACCCUGAAAAAGGCGUGCGACCGGCAGAAAUCUAUUACGGACGUGCAAACGUACGAUACCCACCUAAAAAGUUAUACCAUGUUGCUUAUAUUGUUAAGGGUCUUAACAUAGACGAAGCAAUUACACAUCUCGGAUAUAUCAACAACAAAGCAGCAAGGACAAUAGCUGAUGUACUGCGUGAGGCACAGGAACAUGCAGUUGCAGAACAUAAUGUGGAAUUCAAAUCAAACCUUCACAUUGUGGAUUCAUUCGCAGAAUCUUCCGGUGCUGUCAAGUUUCCAAUCUAUCAUGCCAGGGGGCGAAUGGCGUUGGGUAAAUGCAGAUUUUCAAAUUAUUACUGUUUACUAAGAGAAGGGCCUGCUCCUCCAAAGAGACCAAAACUUACAGCACUUGAAUUUGGAAUUGUUCAUUUAGAUGAACUAAGGAAUAGAAAGAUAUCUGAUGGAUUGUAAAAACCUAUUUAUAAAGUUUCUUACCAGUUUACAUGGACCCAUGUGUUUGUUCGCAAAACUUACUUUUACAGUGAAAGCUUUAAUAGAAAAAUCACAAAUCACAGUAAACGUACAAGAUAAUAUAGAUCGCACCUGCUUGUAACUCAUAAUGUUAUACAUGUUGUUGUUUUGUUUUAAAAUUUGUAAAAUUCAUUUAAUUAUCAAAAGUAAUUAUUAUGGCAG